CUUAAAUCAAAGAUUUGAUAGCCUUAUGAAUCAUCAUUCAUAUGAGGGGCUGGUGCAGUUAGAGCUGCUUUGCAAGCAACUCUAUGAAGCCACCAGUGCUGCAGAUCGAACAGAAGCAGAAAAAGCUCUUGUUAAUUUUGCUGAUUCUCCAGACUGCCUCACUAAGUGCCAACUUCUCUUGGAAAGGGGAAGUUUUUCCUAUGCUCAGCUUUUGGCAGCAACAACUUUAACCAAAUUAGUAUCAAGGAAUCCUAGUACUUUGACAUUACAACAGAGGAUUGAUAUUAGAAAUUAUGUGCUAAAUUAUCUUGCAACCAGGCCAAAAUUGGUAAAUUUUGUCACUCAAGCUUUGGUGCAACUGUUUUCUAGAAUAACAAAACUAGGAUGGUUUGAAACAGACAAAGAUGAAUAUGUAUUUAGGAACGUUGUCAGCCAAGUUAGAGGAUUUCUUCAGGGGUCUGUUGAAUACUGCAUGAUUGGUGUGCAAUUGUUAUCUCAACUUACGUGUGAAAUUAAUCAGAUAAGUGAGGCUGAAGCUAAUAAGUCAUUAACAAAACAAAGAAAAAUUGCAUCAUCUUUUAGGGAUACUCAAUUAUAUGAAAUUUUUCAAUUAGCUUGUGAUCUUCUAAGAAGAGCACUUGAAAGUUGGAAAACUAUGUCAUUUAAUGAUGAGACGCAACAUGGACUAAUGAACCAGUUACUGCGGUUAGCUUACAACUGCCUAUCUUUUGAUUUUAUUGGUACGUCUCCUGAUGAAUCAUCUGAUGAUUUAUGUACAGUUCAAAUUCCAACCAGUUGGCGACCAGCAUUUCUAGAUUUUAAUACAUUACAAUUAUUUUUUGAUUUAUAUCAUUCCUUACCAUCUUCACUUUCUCCACUGGCAUUAUCAUGUUUAGUCCAAAUUGCAUCUGUGCGCAGAUCAUUGUUUAAUAAUGCUGAACGGGCCAAGUUCCUUUCUCAAUUAGUGAAUGGAGUAAAGAACAUUCUUGAUAAUCCUCAGGGAUUAUCUGAUCCUAAUAAUUACCAUGAAUUUUGUCGACUAUUAGCAAGAUUAAAAUCCAAUUAUCAGUUAGGAGAACUUGUUAAAGUUGAAAACUAUCCAGAAACAAUUGGAUUAAUAGCAAAAUUUACAGUAACAAGUUUACAGAUGUGGCAGUUUGCUCCAAACAGUAUACAUUACCUUUUGAGUUUGUGGCAACGUAUGGUUGCUUCUGUUCCAUAUGUCAAAGCAUCAGAACCUCAUCUUUUAGAAACUUAUACACCUGAAGUCACUCAUGCAUAUAUUACAUCAAGACUGGAAUCUGUGACAGCAGUUAUAAGGGAUGCUUUAGAAGAUCCUUUAGAGGAUGUUGGAAUGGUCCAACAACAGUUAGAUCAGGUAGAUGGCAAAGUCCCUGUACAUCAUUUACUAGGAAAGGGAUUGGCAUCUGGGUGCAUCAUUGGACAAAAACAAGCAGGCAAAGGUCGAUUAACAUGGCUUGUUUACAUUAUUGGAGCAGCAGUAGGAGGCCGUGUUUCUUUCAAUAGUGCUGAUGAGCAUGAUGCAAUGGAUGGAGAAUUAGUUUGCAGGGUCCUUCAGUUGAUGAACCUCACUGAUUCUCGGUUGGCUCAAAGUGGUUGUGAAAGGCUUGAAUUAGCAAUGUUAAGUUUUUUUGAGCAGUUUCGGAAAAUAUAUGUUGGUGAUCAAGUUCAGAAAACAUCUAAAGUAUAUAGGAGAUUAUCUGAAGUAUUAGGACUUAGUGAUGAAUCUAUGGUGCUUAGUGUGUUUAUUAGAAAAAUCAUUACCAACCUUAAAUAUUGGAGCAGCAGUGAACAAAUAAUAUCAAAAACUCUGCAAUUGUUGAAUGAUUUGUCAGUAGGUUAUAGUAGUGUUCGUAAAUUGGUUAAAUUGGAUGAAGUUCAGUUUAUGCUCAAUAAUCAUACUAGUGAACAUUUUCCAUUUCUUGGAAACAACGCACAAAUAGCUGAUAUGAGGUGUAGAUCGACAUUUUAUACCUCAUUAGGACGUCUUCUGAUGGUUGAUUUAGGAGAAGAUGAGGAAAGAUUUGAACAAUUUAUGUUACCUUUAACAGCUUCAUUUGAUGCUGUUGGUAAUAUGCUGGAAUCUCCAGUUUUCAACACAGAUGAAGCAAAGAAUGUUUUGCAGAAAGCUUUAAUUGGAUUGGCUCGUGAUUUAAGAGGAUUAGCAUAUGCUUUCAAUACAAAAACUAGCUAUAUGAUGCUUUUUGAGUGGAUAUAUCCAACAUAUACUCCUAUAUUGCAUAGAGCAGUUGAAUUAUGGUAUCAUGAUCCAGCUGUGACAACACCUGUUUUAAAAUUAAUGGCUGAAUUAGUGCAAAAUAGAUCUCAGAGAUUACAGUUUGAUGUUUCUUCACCCAAUGGUAUUCUUUUAUUUCGGGAAACAAGCAAAAUGAUAGUUAAUUACGGUACAAGGAUACUUACAUUAGGUGAAGUUCCAAAAGAUCAAGUCUAUCCAAUGAAAUUAAAAGGAGUAUCUAUUAGCUUCUCUAUGUUAAAAUCUGCUCUUUGUGGUGGAUAUGUCAACUUUGGAGUAUUUAGGUUAUAUGGAGACAGUGCCUUGGAUGAUGCCUUGAAUAUUUUUGUGAAACUGCUUCUAUCAAUCCCACAAUCAGAUCUUCUGGAUUAUCCAAAACUCAGCCAAACAUACUAUGUACUUUUAGAGUGUUUAGCACAGGAUCAUAUAAAUUUUUUAAGCAGUUUAGAACCUCAGCUGUUCCUGUAUAUUUUAUCAUCUAUUUCAGAAGGUCUUACAGCUUUAGAUACAAUGGUGUGUACAGGCUGUUGUGCAACACUAGACCAUAUUGUAACCUAUUUAUUCAAACGUCUUUCUAAAAGUGGUAAAAAACAUCGGUCAUCUGCUGCCCAGCAACAAGACAGUGAAGCUUGUUUAAGGGUUCUUGAAUUACAUCCAGAAAUACUACAACAGAUGCUGUCCACUAUUUUAAAUAUAAUCAUGUUUGAAGAUUGUAGGAAUCAAUGGUCCAUGUCCAGACCAUUAUUAGGUUUAAUUUUAUUAAAUGAAGAGUAUUUUAAUCAAUUACGCCAGACAAUAAUACAGAGUCAGCCAGCAGAGAAACAACCAGUGAUGGCACAGUGGUUCGAAAAUCUAAUGGAGGGCAUCGAAAGGAAUCUGUUGACGAAAAACAGGGACAGGUUCACUCAAAAUCUGUCUGUAUUUCGAAGAGAUAUCAAUGAGUCCUUAAAGGGGCCAACUAUAGUGAAUGCAACAAUGGCAGACAUGAUGAGCUAACACAUUCUAUACUUGCCAUAUUUCAGGGAAAAAUUAUUAAUGAGAAGAAAAUAUUUGCAUUUAAGGCUUUAGGGCCAAAGUAAAGUUAAAUGCGAAAUAAUUGUUAGGUGCUUUAAGAAUGCCAGGAAAGUGACAAAUGUACAAAUUCAUCUUGCAGUAUUUGUCUUUGGUGUUAAUGCAUUCCACAUUUCCACUGAACAGAUGUUGUUCCUGGUAUAUAGGUGUGUGUUUCUACAAAAACGAAGGCCCCAAUAGAAGAAUAUGUUGCCUUUGGCACAAAGACUUGGUGGCAUUUCUUCCUUGAGUGAAGUUUCCAAAAAUAAUAAUUAAUAAUAAACAAAAAGCCAAGUUAUUGAAAUGUCUAAUGUAUAAAUCAUAAAAUACCAGCCAUUGUUUGCUAAUUCAGUUUAUUCAAUGUUUGCUGUGUCCUGUACAGCUAAAGGGAGGGUCCUAAUUUUGUGUUAUAAAAAUCAGCUCUUUAAUUUUCAUCAGUAUUCAUCAUUUCAAAUUGUUGCCAAGACUGUAUUAUUAGAAAAAAAAAAAAAAAUCAUUUUGUAAUUUACUUUCUCCCAUCCACUUGUUCCUGAUGCACACAGAUUCUGGUAGCCUUUCAUUUUUCCAAUAAAAUGUUAAAUGAGUUACUGUUAAGUCAACUCACUUUUUUGUAACAAAUUUUAUUACAGAAAUAAACUUCCAAAAACUAACUUGUUUAUUUUUUUAGAAAAGUGCAUGGCUACCAAAAAAAAAGUGAAAUUGGAAAAAUAUGUGCAUUGUUUUUUGAAUGGUUGAGAAAAAAAAUACUGUUGACUGUAACGAACAAGUUGAAAGUAUGAAUCAUUUGUGGAAGAGAAAUUUUUUAUGCACUGAAAAAUAAAAGAGCCAUUUGCUCUCAUA